AUGCUGGAAAGCCACAACAUCAAUUCACCUGCCCCCAUGUCAAUUGUGAUUGACCAUGACAUCCCUACCGGCUGCUGUCAACCCUCUGAGCGCCCUGACAUACUUUUGAUUUCUACUGGUGAAAACAUCUGUCGACAUUCGGCCAGCGAUCUGACAGAUUCCGAGACCCUAGUCACAACCAAUUCUAUUGAAACUUCUUCCAUCUCACUAGCCUCUCCAUCUUUGGACAAGACCAAUUUAGUUACAGAAGAAAUAGUCUCUAGCGAGCAGAGAUUUGUUUCUCAGUUGAACCGGCUCGUCGACAUAUAUAUACCCCAUUUAUGCGAUGUCUUUUUCAAGUCAGAAACGCCCUCUUUGGUUCGAAAUAUACAAUCCAUUCAUCAUUUACAUUGUCGACUCGCCAAUCAACUUCAGAACAAUCAACACGACAGACACGCUAUCUGCAAGGUUAUCGUAUCGCAUACAUCGGAGCUCAUAGCACUCCAUUCUGAGUUUUGGGCGGGACAUUCGGGAGCCAAAGCGCUAUUGACCUUGGCACAAGCUCGUGACCCAAAAAAGUGGGAUUUAUGGGAGAAGGAACGGGCAGCAGAGUGCUUACCAGAGGAAGAUGGUAGUCUCACCCGAACGUUCGAGGGUCUUCUGAUUGCACCCAUUUGGCGGGUGUUUACGUACCAUUUUCUGGUCGAUGGGCUGAGAGACGCUUCCGAGGAUGAUCAAGUAAACAAUGCUAUCUGCGCAAUGCGGUUGGUAGCAACAUCGGUCGAUGACACUGGUCGCCUGCGCGAGGGCGAAGCCUACACCAAGUUCAUACUCGACCGCAUAAAACCUGUGGAAGAAUUUAACAACGUCAAUUUUCUAUGCUCCCUUGGACCUUGCGCUCGGAUUGGUGCGCUAGAAGUUGUCUACCGUAAACGUACCACGCCACCUAGCGUGCUUCAUGGAUCAAAUAUCAUCUCCCUCCACUCCUCAAUCGGCCGUCACUUUCUGUACAAAGCACCGUGGUCAAUUCAUCCAAAAUCUCUUAGGCGAAAGCAACUAGUUCUCUUAUGGAAAGGCUACCUAGUAUCGUGCAAGAUUGAGGACAAACAGAUGAAAUACGAGCCCAAACAUUGGUUCCCCCUUCGCAUUGACUCUACCAUCGAACCUACUUCUUCUGUUUUUCCGCAUGGGGUUAGAAUUACUUUCGGACGCCAUGUGUUCGAAUUUGGCGCUAUUUGCGCUGUGGAUCGCGAUACUUGGCUUCAUGAUCUUGCCUCGCUCGGGUCAGCAUUGAAAGGGGAAAAGAGUUCGCCAUGGUUCCAAAAUCAAGGACUUCGUGGAGUAAUUUGGGUUCGAAAAGUGAACCUGAAAUACUAUCUCCCUGUCAAACAAAAGGACUUACAAGAGCGCUGGCGAGAGCAGUGGAUGGAAUCGGUGGAAAAGAAGCUCCUUAAGUUUACCCGAGGCGGAUCCGCUUUUUCGCCUAGUACUCGGCGCGCCAGUGCAGUUACUCAUAGGUCCACGGCAAAGCACUUGACAAGCAUGGAUGUGUUCUACCAGUUGCUCGCUCAUGGAUGUGUUGACCUUUCAACUGUUAUGGAUCCAAAUAAAUACUCGGAUAGAUCUAUUGCGGGAGGAGGAUUUGCUGAUAUCUGGAAAGGUUCGUUGCUGGAUGGCACCGAAGUUGCCAUUAAAGUGUGGAGAUUCGACAACAUAGCAGCCGAUGGUCCGAAAAGUUUGAAGUGCCUUCAGGUUGCCAAGGGGGUGGCACAUCUUCAUGAUAGGAACAUGGUACACGGAGACUUAAAGGCUCCCAAUAUCCUGGUUUCCGAAGACCAAAACAUUAAACUGGCUGACUUUGAUCACGCCAUCUUGCCCGAUUGCACACUCGCUUUCUCCGAGACAACUAAUUUAGGAGGAGGAACCCUACGCUGGAUGGCACCAGAGCUCGUUAUUCCAGACGACGAAGCGCCUUGCCAAAGAAACAAAAAGACGGAUGUGUAUUCCCUUGGCAUGACAUGUCUUGAAAUCAUUACUGCGGAAAUACCUUACAUUGAAUGUUCACAAGGCGCUAUAUACAAAGUCAAAGAUAGGAAAAGGCACCCUAAUCGCCCUCAGGAACUUCUUGGAAGUGAUCGCAGUGAUGCGAUGUGGUCACUAUUAGUACAGUGCUGGGAUCAUGACCCUUCAGCACGACCGACUGCGAGAGAGGUUCUAGAAAAGGUUCGUAGUGCUACAGCUUCUAUUAAGAUGGAUGCUUAUAGUGGAUUUGUGAUUGAUAUCCUUCAGCUUGAGAAACUGAUAAACCAAAGCACUAGCUAG